AUGAGUGUGAAUUUGAAAAGGGCCUUGUUAUGUGUCAUAAUAGACGAACUAUGUAAUGAUGAUAUACAAGAACCAACCCAAAUAAAGAGGAGAAGGGUUUGGUCGAAAAGUUGGUAUUUAAAUAGGCCUGAAUUAUCACAUUCGCACUUGGUGAAAGAGUUGGAAAUUAGUGCACCCAGUGACUUCAAGAACUUUUUAAGAAUGGACAGUGAAACGUAUAAUGAGUUAUUGCGAAAAGUGAGUCCAUUAAUUAAGAAACAGGACACGAUAAUGCGUGAUGCGAUAUCUCCUAACGAACGUCUGUCCGCAAUUCUUUGGUUUUUAGCUAGUGGACAGACUUUUGGAGGUUUGAAAUUGCUUACGGCAAUUUCACCACAAUCUUUAGGAGUGUUAAUAAUGGAAACGUGUUCGGCAAUAAUUAAAGUAUUAAAGACAUAUAUUAAGCUGGCGGCAGACGAAUGGAAAGCCGUUGCUACCGAGUUUGGGGAUAGGUGGAACUUCCCAAAAUGCAUUGGCGCUCUGGACGGGAAACAUGCGCAAAUAAAAAAACCUAAUUGGUCAGGGUCGUAUUAUUUCAAUUAG